GCGGCACUGAUCCGUCUAUAACUAUAUAAACCAUGAACACCCACGUAUCUUCUGCUGGUACGCAGAGUUGGAAAAGCGAGAAGAAAAAAAAAAAACAUAACAAAACAACAACAAAAAAAAAAACAUAGAAAACAGCUAUUUCUUUUUGGACAUUUUAUUUUGUCAUAUUCCUAAGGUAUUUCGACAUAUUUUAUUGAAGCGAGAACAUACCAAUCACUGCCUACUCUCUCAGACAUGCAGCCGCUUCCUUUCGUGAUCUAUGCAGUGUUUAUUGCUCUUGCUCUGGCGCAUGACGAACAUGUCAGUACAGGAAAAUAUUUCAAUGAGGACCACUCCAAUGUGUCUCCAACUUUCAAUGUGACUUGCGGACACAGCAUUGUGGUGAUGUCUGACACUGAUUUAUCCAUCGUGGCCAAGUGCAGCAACGGCAAGAAAUAUUACAAAUCUGAUCCUUACCUAUUGACUGUGGAGAUUCCGAUAUCGUUCACGCGGGAAAAGGUGAGUGAGUGCAGCCUUUAUCAGUUCCCAAAGAAGCACGUGUACUCGCUGCAGGUGUCCGUGUCGCACAUGCACCGGAGCAGGACGAGGGCCGACAUCAAGGAGUACGUCAUCACGUGUUCGUUCGAGCGGCACGGCAGAGUAGUCUCCAAAAAGAUACCACUGGACGUCGACAGUUUCAACUACGAAGAAAUCAUCAUAAACGAGGGAAAGAUGGUCGAUAUUAAGGUGUCCCUCUUCUUGGAAAAUAUGAAUGGACAAAAGAUUACGGAGAAAAUAGAAAUCGGAAGAAAGGUGAAAUUGGUGGCCAAAGUGGAACAGGAGAAAAAAGAGAAGCAUGGAAGUAGUGGUGUGAAGGGUAUUUUGUUGAGGAAUUGUUAUGCCAGCGAUGAAUACGAGAACAUCACCAUUUUACAGGCGGGUUGCAGCAAUGGCAACGUCUUUCCUGUUUUCUCUGGUUUCAAGACUAACGGGCUGGUUGCCAAGAGCCCCUUCUUCACGAUGUUUCAGCUGGUAUCAGGGAGCACCCAGAUCCAGUUUGAAUGUACGUUUGUGGUGUGCAAGACACCAUGUGACGACGACAGCUGCAUGCCCGGGGCGCAGAAAGUCGGUGUUGCACCUGAGAACUUCCUGCACAGUCACUGGACAUGAGGGCAGCGAAUGGUGAGAGCAGUGGGGGGGGGGCAGUGAAGGUGGUUGGGUGCGAUUGGA